AGAAGAUAUGACCACUGAUGGAUUUAUUCUUGGAUUGUCAACCUUGUGUUACGGCUUCGAAGAAGAGAACCAUGUAAAGUGGGGGUGAGCUGAUGAGGACAAAGGUGCAGGGAAUCUGAAAAAAAUUGAUAUGGGAAACAGUAAACAUGACACAGGCAAUGCCUCUGGAAUAACAAGCUCCACAAUGUGGGCCACUUGGGGAAUAGAUAGAUGGAUACACAGCUAAUUUAUCCACCGGCACUUCUUUUUUCUCCUGAUAGGUCUCUCCCUUGCAAUUAUUCCCACUUCUCACCUUGUUCUACUUCUCUUUUUAAGGCAAACCUCCACCAUGCCACAAAGCCUUUAUCAGUUCCUAGCACUUCCUCUUGUGAAAACUAGCUUCCCAUACGUUUCUCCUCCUCCAUCAUUGACAGAGAUUGAUACAGUUCCAAAUGGAACGGGAAGAAUUGGGAGAGAAAGGAGCCAACGACCAGAAGUCGGAAACACACACCGGCGAUUACAAUGAUGGUGAAGUUGGCGACGGUGGCUCGGAGACAUGGUUGGACCUGACCCUUGGUGGGAGAAUCUCAUCAACAACUGGAAGCUCUUCUGGUACCCAAUCAAAGUCUGCGACGCACAAGAUGUUCUCAUGCAACUUCUGCAUGAGGAAGUUCUUCAGUUCACAGGCUUUGGGUGGGCAUCAGAAUGCCCACAAGAGGGAGAGGGGUGCAGCUAGGAGGACUCACCAAUCACAGAGAUUGAUGAUGGGUCUGCCCUUUGAUGCUCCUUUCCUGCAAUCUAUACGAGUUCAUCCUCACUCAAUUGUUCACAAGCCACACAGGGAAGGAGGCAUAGCUCUGGUGGCGAGAUUUGAUGACACCCCUUCCAAUGUCAAAAUGGCAUGGACACCCUAUGCACUCGAAGAAGCAGCAGGGAUGAACUGGCCUGGAAGCUAUCAAUUGAAUUCUCAACCGGCCAAGCAGCCAUCAAAACAACAAAAACUCGACUUGAGUCUCCGACUCUAGUAUGUUUCAUCUAUCUAUUACUAGCCAUUCGCUCUUGUAUCUGGCCUGAACUGUUCAACCUAGAUUUAUUCAUCAAUCAUAGAAACAACUGACUGGUUUAGGCCUCAGUCCAACAUAAAGAUUUGAUUUCCAGUUUGACGAAUAUAUGUCGUAAAUGUAAGUUGGAAGGUGUAAAGUAUUUCCAAAGGUUGUUGUUGGAAAAUUGAGGGUUCAACUUGCACUUUUCCCACCA